GUUUUCGAACUGCAACCAUCACUAAUGAUGUGUUUUAUUUUGACGUAACUUUGCAAGCUAGGUUAUUUUUAAUAGUCGGUUCCAAUAUCAAUUUUGGAUUCAUUACUAAUAAUCAGGAUGAUACGGUUAUUUAAUAGUGUUGUUGAGUUGUACUGUCCUCGAUCGUCGUAUAUUAAAGAGGCUUGUAAGUUGCACACUGCCCUCGUUAUGCGAAAAGUUGAAGACAGAAAAGGAAUGAUGGCGUCCCUACCUGAUAAAGAUGAAGGAACAAUAGGAGAAAAGUCUAUUGAUAUAGAUACGCUUAUUCAAAAGAAAGAAAAAUUCUUCCCAAGUGUUAAAACAUAUCACCAACUAUAUAAUGGGAUUCCAUUUGCUGAAUUACCUAUAUGUAAUAUACGAGUAUCACCUAACAACACUGUAAUCAGCGUUACCGAUAAUAAAGGUAUACCAAGACUAAUCCGAUCUUGCGGAAUUGAAGGUUUUAAAAACACUCGAAAAGGUACAAAUAUUGCAGCUCAAGCCACUGCAAUAACUAUUAGCGAGAAAGCCAUAGAACUAGGUUGGAAGACCGUUCGUGUGAAAGUGCGUGGAUUGGGACCUGGCCGCAUGUCUGCAAUUAAAGGUUUGCAAAUGGGUGGUCUUAAUAUUGUUUCCAUUACUGAUGCAACACCUGUAUCAUGGAACCCUCCGCGUGCUAGAAAGCAAAGAAGUUUGUAAAACCAAAAUUAUGUAAAUAUUUAAAUUUUAAUUAAUAAAACUUACAGUUUGCUUUGCUGUUUUAGUUGAA